AUGGGACAUUUUGUAUCAAUUUUUCAAAGAACACAAUAUACACCUUCUGAUCCCUUUGUCUAUUCAAACACUGUACGGCGGCGAUUAGAACAUUUACUCCGUGCUAAUCAUGCAAAUCUAUCCAUUAUUCAUUAUUCUGGAGCACCCAAUUUGUUUUUGCAACAUCUCCCUGCAUUGUAUUUGCUAGGUAUAUCUGCACCACAACUGCUUGAUCUAUAUGAUCAAAACCAACCUAGCGACUGUGUAUGGCAACCUAGCCCAUGUGUAAUUAUAAAAGCAAACUGGAAGUUCUUUCUUGGAAAAAAAGAAUAUGCAGAAGGAUAUAAGCAUUAUUUUGACGAUGAACUAAUUAAUAUGAACUUUAAUCAAUUACAAUUAAUGAAAAUUUAUACACGGCAUCUUUUAGCAAUGUCUUUACUUAGCGGAGGCAAAACAUAUAUAUACCUUGGACUUGCUUUUAUUCUAAAAAGCCAAGAAAUGACAUCAGAAGCCUUAACAUCUAUGUGUUUACAUAUACAUGUAAAUCUUUUGGAUCAGAAAAUAAAGCUAAACGAAUGGUCUUAUGGGACAUAUACAUUAUGUGAACUUUUAUCUGAAAUGGCAGAAAAAAAAGAAAAAAUUACAAACACAAUAAAAGAUCUUCAGUCUUUAACAGAAGAAUUAAUGUAUAUAUCACAAUAUAUAUCAAAAUGGAAUAGUAAAGAUUACUAUAAAUCACUGAAAGAAAUUGAAGAAACAACACUUUUAUUAGCUAUAACAGCAUCAGAAUCGAUUAGAUUGCCUUUUAUUUCUCUUUUUAAUGCAUCACAAACAGUGUUAAUCCUCUCAAAAAACAUGGUGUUAUUAGAUUCACAUACACGCUUAUAUUUUCAAAUAAUCUUGUUUCAUAUCUUAUUAAAUUAUAUAUCUUUAGGUAUGCCUUGUAUUCAACCAAACAAACUCAAUCAAUACCCUCCGAUUGACAUGAAAGCGAUUAAGAAUGAUCUAAAACUAGUAUCUUUUAAUACUGAAAAACUUAUAGGCUAG